AUGGAGGACGAUGGUUUUUUAGACAACACGAAGAUUCUUUCGUACACAAAUGAAGCAGUGUUUUCCCUACUACUUCUUGUCUUUGCGGUUUGGAGAUCUACAAGGAGUACUAUGCCCAGUUACAAUAUAUUUAGAGGAAAAUUACGAAGUCUUGGCUCCAUUUUUGCGCUGUCCUCUAUAUUUUUAUCUGGAAUUUACAUAUGCAUUGUUACGUAUCUCAGCACUAAACUUGAAAUAGACAAAGCAAACAUAGAGCUUGUUGGAUGGCUUGAUGCAAACUAUCCAGUAAGAUACAAGGAUUUCAAAGCCGAUCUUGUGUAUCUUUUGAAUAUUUCCCUUAUCGGGUCCAGAAUCUUGAGGAUGUCUUCGGUAUUUCUUUUGAUUGGGCUUUGGGGGCCUUGUGCAUACUCGGUAUUCAAUGGAGGAGAUAGGCCUUUUGAUAUAUUUAAGUCCAGCUCGACUGGGACUAGAACCUUUGUGGCCAAGUCCAUGUUUAACACGUCUGUUGUUACAUUUUCUAAGAUAUAUGCAAUCUUAAGAGCCCCGGCUCUUUUGUAUUAUUACUAUAGCAGAUCAAGACUGAUGGGGGAGAAGACUGCAGUUUUUAUAGAAUCAUUUCUCCUUGGGAAUGAGGUAUAUCUUUCUGUGGCAUUGCUUCUGAUUCUCCGAACAAAACACAGUUUUCUAUCUGAGUACAAGUCUCUUGACAGUACGAAUCUAUUAAGCUUCUGCCUCAUGUUCCACGGGUUUCUUACUUAUACUAUUAACACAGUGGCAAUCCCAUUUGAAAUGACAGACUUACACCAUCAAAUCCAGCAAAGUUUAAGCUUGGGAGCCAGAUUAAUACUUGAUAUGCUUCUGAUAUCUAUGUUCUGUCCCAUAAGGGAUCAAUUAUUUGAUAAUUCCUCGGACAGAUAUGAAAAGAAUUUUGAGAUAACAAGAAUCACGCGACUAGAAGAUGAAGGACCUAUAGUUCAAGAAAUUGAAAGUGUUAUUGAGUUUGAAGAAAAGGAAAUAGGCAAAUAA